UGUUUUGUUUUUACUACCACCGCUAAAUGUAAUUGUCCUGCUGUGCAGGCCACAGUCAUCAAUGGUUGGAAAGAGGGGCGGACUGACAACUCAUGGGGCCCCCGGGCAAUUGGGGAUUAUGGGGCCCCUGUGUCCUUGCCCAAACUCAAAAAAGCCUAUGAAAAAGGUACCAGGGGCAUCUCAUGGGGCACCCUACUGACCCCGGGCCCCAUGAAAUGCAGUGCCCGAGUUUCCAAAUGGUCAGUCCGCCCCUGGCUAGGCA